CUCUGCAGUCACUGACUGAUGCUUUCAUAUUUCUGGCGUUUGUUAAAGAAAACAUGACAUUAAAAAGCGAUUAGAUAGUCGUUUACGCGUUUCCGUUAAAAGCCACGAUGAAGUUUUGGAGCUCCUGGUGAUAAAGCGGGUGCCAUGCAGAGACGCCACAGCAGCAAUACUGAGGGCAUGCCACCAGAAAGGAACAGGAGUCAGACUCUGGGUUCAGAGAGCAGUCUUGAUGAAGGAGGGGUGUUUGACUGUCUGAAGCCAGACUCUCCCACUUCUCCCCAGCAGCUCUUCUCUGGUCUGGUGGGCGUCUCUGCUGGAAACGUGUCUUCAGCUCCCUUCCAGGCUGCAGGGCUGGUUCUGGGUUCUCCACCGGACGUCUUCAUCCAGAUGGCGUCCUCCACCCGGGACGAAGCCUCCUCGCACCGGACGGAGAACCCACCUUAUCUUCCUCGCCCUUCUCAGCACCAUCAUCACCACCACCAUCAUCAUCACCACUCUGGUCAACACCGCUCUGCUCUCCUGCAUGCGGCUACUUCUGCUGAGAGACACGGCAGCAGAGAGGACGGAGGCGAAGAUGCCUCUACACCAGCUCCUGCUCUCUCUGAACUCAAGGCUGUGGUCACAUGGCUUCAGAGAGGAUUCCCUUUUAUCCUCAUUCUCCUCGCUAAAGUCUGCUUUCAGCAUAAGCUCGGAAUUGCUGUUUGCAUCGGAAUGAUCAGCACAUUUGCCUUUGCAAACUCAACACUGAAGCAUCAGGUGGCACUGCGGGAGGAGAGGUCUGUGUUUACCACCCUCUGGAUUAUGGUGUUUCUCGCUGGCAAUAUUGUGUACGUGUACUAUACCUUCAGUACUGAGGAACUUCACAACAGCCUUAUUUUUGCCAAACCAAACAUCAACAGUUUUGAUUUCUUUGACCUGAUCUGGGCUGUAGGAAUAACAGAUUUUGUGCUGAAAUAUUUCACCAUCGAGCUCAAAUGCUUCAUACUGUUCCUGCCUAAAAUCAUCCUCGCCUUCAAGUCCAAGGGGAAGUUUUAUCUGCUGAUAGAAGAGCUGAGUCAACUCUUCAGAGCACUGGUUCCAAUCCAGCUGUGGUACAAGUACAUCAUGGGUGAAGAUCCAUCCAGCAGCUACUUCCUCGGAGCAAUGCUGAUUAUCAUCUACAGCCUUUGUAAGUCAUUCGAUUUGUGUGGAAGAAUAUCCGGCAUUCGAAAAGCAUUCAUUAUUCUCUGUAGCUCACAGAAUUAUGGUAUGAGAGCCAGCGCUCAGCAGUGCGGUGAGGCCGGGGAUAUGUGUGCGAUCUGCCAGGCUGAAUUCAGAGAGCCAGUCGCCCUGCUCUGUCAGCAUGUGUUCUGCGAGGAGUGUUUAUGCCUGUGGUUUGACCGUGAGAGGACGUGUCCACUGUGUCGGUCGACGGUGGUGGAAACCCUGCGUAACUGGAAGGACGGGACCACAUCCGCACACUUUCAGAUCUACUGAUGGGAGACGCUUCUGAAUGACAGAGGUUAUCUAGUAUACUUGAGUCAUAAUAACACUGUUUUUACCAUGCAUAAAAUCUUUGUUUGCAGCUUGUUUCACAUUUCAAGCUGCUCAUAAUUUACCUGACUUAAUGAUUGACUUUGGGUAUUCAUUCAUUCCUAGAUGAGUCCAAAUUAUACAUUGCUUUUUUAAAAAACGUACACAGAAACUGGUUUACAUCAAUGCAUUUUUGACAGUUUACAUGCAUUUUGAGGAACGGAUCAUGCAAACUUUGUUAAACAUCUGAUGUGAAUGCAAUCAUACAAGUUCAUCGGAGUGAACUGCUAAUGAUGACAGGUGAUUCUGCAUAAAUUCUGCAUAAAGUGUGUAAAUGAGCUGAAGCAAGCAGAGGGAAUUUGUAUGAUUUUUCUGAAAGAGCCCCAAUUAGAAGUGUGAAACAUACUUUAGGAUAAAAGUGGUGUAAGAGUGAGUGUAAAAAAUAUGUGGUAAUAGGUUAUGUUGUUAAAUGUGAUGUACAAUAGCACCAAUAAUUUGAUACCAGACUAAAAGUGUUUGUUUUUUUUGCUGUUCAACAAGUGAGGUAUCUGUUUUUAAUACGCAAGCAUGAUAAUCAACUGUUUUGUAACACUUUUUGAGUUAAUUCAAGCAAUUAAACUCA